GGCGGGAGACGGAGCGGCAGCGGCGGGAGAGCGGCGGGAGACAGGGAGAGGGACAGAGAGAGAGAGAGAGAGAGAGAGAGGGGCAGCGGCUCCCACGUCCUCGCCGCGCACAGUCCAAUGCCCGGCAGCUCGAGGCGAGCAGCGACUACGCUUUCCUGCCGUGGCACAGCGAGUGCUUCCAGCCUCGGAGUUUUCCUGAAGCAGCCGUCACACCGGGAGCACUUUUGGUAGAAAGGGACCAGGAGACCCCGAAAUGACUUACCUCCCGAGACUCGACUGAAGGGGACUUACUGGAGUGGAACCGUAGUGGAAUUUGGGUCUGGAGAGGAGUUGCUAACGCGGUUGUUUUUUGGGUUUUUUUUCCUUUUUUCUUUUUUUUCUUUUUUUUUUUCUUUUUUAAUUCUUCUCUCUGAUCAGUCCCCUCUUCGCCCAUCACUGGAAAUGAACAAAUUGCGUUUGCAAUUCAGAAAGUAGAAAUACUAAGUAUACCAUCCCCCAGGAAGCACACAUGUAGUAAUGACAAAGGAUUGCAAAGGAGAGAGUGGCUCCAGUUUCCCAGAGAGAUCCCCUAAAAUGGAUUACUAAAUGGGACACUACAUCAGCUAGUUGUCCUCUAGCUGCUCAGAUACAUGCACCGAAAAGGGUGAAGUGAAGAAGUGAAGCCUCACAGCUAAACUACUAUGAGGUCAGAAGCCUUGCUGCUAUAUUUCACACUGCUACACUUUGCUGGGGCUGGUUUCCCAGAAGAUUCUGAGCCUAUCAGUAUUUCGCAUGGCAACUAUACAAGACAGUAUCCGGUGUUUGUGGGUCACAAACCAGGGCGGAACACCACACAGAGGCACCGGCUGGACAUCCAGCUUGUCGUGGUCAUGAACAGGACCCUCUACAUUGCUGCUAGGGACCAUAUUUAUACUGUUGAUAUGGACACAUCACAUACAGAAGAAAUUUAUUUUAGCAAAAAAUUGACAUGGAAAUCUAGACAAGCUGAUGUAGACACAUGCAGAAUGAAGGGAAAACAUAAGGAUGAAUGUCAUAACUUUAUUAAGGUUCUCCUAAAAAGAAAUGAGGACACACUGUUUAUCUGUGGAACAAAUGCAUUCAACCCUUCUUGCAGGAACUACAAAAUGGAUACCUUGGACUAUCUGGAAGAGGAAUUCAGUGGAAUGGCCAGGUGCCCCUAUGAUGCAAAGCAUGCCAAUGUUGCAUUGUUUGCAGAGGGAAAGCUGUAUUCUGCCACAGUGACCGACUUCCUUGCAAUAGAUGCAGUCAUAUAUCGGAGCCUUGGAGACAGCCCAACUCUGCGGACAGUUAAACAUGACUCCAAGUGGUUGAAAGAACCAUACUUUGUUCAGGCAGUUGACUAUGGCAAUUACAUAUACUUCUUCUUCCGGGAAAUAGCAGUGGAGUACAACAGCAUGGGAAAGGUAGUUUUCCCAAGGGUGGCCCAGGUUUGCAAAAAUGACAUGGGAGGAUCUCAGAGAGUGCUGGAAAAACAGUGGACUUCCUUUCUCAAGGCUCGGUUGAACUGCUCAGUUCCUGGCGACUCACACUUCUACUUCAACAUUCUGCAGUCUGUUACAGACGUCAUACAUUUCAAUGGCCGGGAUGUUGUUUUAGCAACAUUCUCCACUCCGUAUAAUAGCAUCCCUGGCUCUGCAGUCUGUGCCUAUGACAUGCUUGACAUUGCCAAUGUAUUUACUGGGAGAUUCAAAGAACAGAAGUCUCCAGACUCCACAUGGACACCAGUUCCGGAUGAACGAGUACCCAAGCCCAGGCCUGGUUGCUGUGCUGGCUCUACAUCAUUAGAAAAAUAUGGAACGUCUAAUGAGUUCCCAGAUGAUACUCUGAACUUCAUCAAAACACAUCCACUGAUGGACGAGGCUGUGCCUUCCAUUGUCAACCGACCCUGGUUCCUGAGAACAAUGGUCAGAUACCGGCUGACCAAAAUUGCUGUUGACUCUGCUGCUGGGCCAUAUCAGAACUACACCGUGGUUUUCUUGGGAUCAGAGAAGGGAAUCAUCCUGAAGUUCUUGGCACGGACAGGAAACACUGGUUUCCUAAAUGACAGCCUUUUCCUGGAGGAGAUCAGUGUUUACAAUCCUGAAAAAUGCAGCUAUGAUGGCAUGGAGGACAAGCGGAUCAUGGGCAUGCAGCUUGACAAGCCCAGCAGUGCCCUGUACGUCGCCUUCUCCACCUGUGUCAUCAAGGUUCCCCUGGGACGUUGCGAGCGUCACAGCAAAUGCAAAAAGGCCUGCAUAGCAUCCAGAGACCCCUACUGUGGAUGGGUGAAGGAGAGCGGGCUGUGCACGCAGACGGUCCUUGGCUCCAAACUGGCAUUUGAACAGGACAUAGAACGUGGCAAUACAGAUGGCCUGGGUGACUGCCAAAAUUCCUUCGUAGCCCUGAAUGACAUUUCAACUGCUUCACCUGAUCAUGAAAUGUCUUACUACACAGUGUAUGGACACUCCAGUUCCCUAGUCCCAAGCACCACCACUUCUGACUCUCGCGCUCGACAGGGUUAUGAUGCUAGGGGACGCAUGCUGGAUUGGAAGGAUCCGCUUGGUUCAUCUGAAAAUACAGAUCCAUAUGUGGCAGUUUCAUCCCAUAAUCAUCAAGACAAGAAGGCAGGCAUAAAUCCGUUGUGCUUCACAGGCCUGAUUCAGAGGAUGUUGUCUGAGACUUAUUCUGCAAGAAAAUAGUAGUGAACAAAUAAUAACAAAAGAGUGUAAAAGUAAUGACUCCCUAGUCCUGAAAGUGACUAAAACAUACCAGAGUUCUUCACCUUGUUUUUGUGUGAAUGGGAUCACUCAUGCAUAACCAUUAACUACAGUACAAAUAAACAUUGGCUAUGUCCAUUACUAGGCUUAGUGGACUUGUUUUGUGAGAGGUGUAGGCAUUGUGAAAUGUGACCCCACAGAUAUAUGGCAUCUAAUCCAGUAAUUUACCCUUGUUCAGAUCAUAUUUGGGCUUUUCUGCCCUGCCAGUACACUCUGUUCAUGGACCUAUUGCCUUUGUGAUUCAUGCCACGUAAGUGACACACAAAUGCAGAGCAUUGCAGACAUCAUUUUUCAAUGCCUUGUCCACAUACUUGCCUGGUUUUUUCUCAGUGCAGGCUCCCUUCAAGCUGGGCAUACUGGGCUGCAGGUGUGUGGUGUGCAGGCAGGGAGGAUUAUAUAGGUCUGCCAGGCCUGGGGCACGCCCCAGGGACUCUCCAGCCUGGGGACUGAGGGCACUGCAUGGUUUACACAGUGCUCCACUCUCUGCUGUGUUUGACCCACAUGCUCCCAGAGCUGCAGCAAAUGGGAAAGCUCUCCGGGUGCUUAGGGACCUCCAUUGUUUUCAAUGUAGCCAAUCCUUUGUGAAAUUCCUUUGUCUAUAGUUUGAAAUGCUUUGUACAAGCACCACCUACAGAAGCUAUUCAAAAUUAAUAUACUUCUAUUUUAAAAUUAAUAUAAAUGUUCCUCCAUAAGCCUGGAGAAGAGGGCCCAGUAAUUCUCAGCAGCGGUGCGGGAUGUCUUGUUUUACAUAGUUCCUCCAUCUCUUGCCAGUCUAUUUAAAGUCCAUUUAAAACAGGCAUGAAGGAGAGAGGGAAAGAAAGUGCCCUGGUGCACAAGCCACUUGGGGGCCCAAAACCUGCUGCCAAAGGGAAGGUUUGUACUUAGCCCCUUAAAGCACUAUUCCCUUGCAACACUUCCCCAAAGGUGCACUUCAAGAUGGCAUCUACAGAUCCUCUGACAGAGACCUGCCUUACCUUCUGCAGGGCAGGAAGGAUCAGGAGAGGAACUGAAGGAAACACAUUGCCCCAGUGGGGUCUUGGCCAGCCAAGCAGAGGGCAGGAACCCACAUGCAUCAGCAGCACCCUGCCAAGAAAUGGUUCCUCCACUGAGAACACACACCUCCCCACCCAGAGGAGGCUGUGACACUGUGGUGGCUUUUGGCAGGGGAGGAGAUCACUGAGCUACUCACUGUCUGUUUGAAUCAUGAGAUCUGUCCCUUACAGGGGCUGCUGGUGCCACACUGCAGAAGUUCCCUGGGGCUGAGCAGGGCAAACAAGAAAGCCAAGAGAAAGCAAGGAUGCUCUGAGCACUUCACUCAAGUUAGUGUCAUCUUAUUCAUUGUAUUAAUGGUACCCACAUUGACCUCAUUUAGCAUGUCAUUGAGGAUGCAUGGAAGUUCCCUUCCAAUCAGCAUUAAUUUGCAUACAUAUUUUUACACAAAAUGGAACCCAGCUGAACAGCUCAAAACAAUAGGUCUCUGUAAAUAAAUCCUGGUCCACUGUCCGGUUCCUCCUCUCUCCCUCCAACAAUACAUUAAGAACUACACAAGGGUGUCAUUUCAAAGAUAAAUGCAAGUCCUGCCCCACUGAAGCUUCUACAUCAGGGAAUAUUUUGCACCUGAAAGCUCCCCAUGUGAAAAAAAGAUGAGGCAAUGGGGUCAAGCAUGUGCAGUUCAGUCCACUUUGCUGCCAGCAGGACAGCCAGGCACACGACAGGUUUGCACGGAAAGCGUUGCCAGAAUAUAGUGCCAUAUAACAGUAAUGCAUCAGCACUAACAGUAGCACAUCGUUCAGAUGAUGACCAGACUAAUUUCAGGGAUGCAAUUCCGAUAAUUCUUCUGCCACAGAAUUAGCAGGCUGUUCUCUCCCUGGAUUAGGCAUGGAUUUUUGCUCCCUAAAUCUUGUUUAUAAAGCAUGUUUAAAGCAAUGUGGAGGACCUCAAGUGCUAGUGUUAUCCACCCCACUGCACUGAAGCAGGAUCAAGUAAACCUAACCCAUUCUUGAUAACUGGUUGUCUUACCCUUUCCCUGUAAAUAUAUUUUACUCUGAGUAGUGAAAGUCACCCGAGGGAUCAACAUCAAGCAUUUCAGAGUGUCCAAAGAAAAUUAAAAGCUAAGAAAGUGAGUUGGACUGGCUUAGUUAAGGCCAGCUUUCUAUUUAUCCAAUUAAAGUUAAUUUCCCAGAAGCAUGGCACCUACUCCAAUGAACAAGUGUUAGAAAGACACAUUGUGUGUGUAAUAUUCAUAUGCUUCCUGCUGAUGCAUGUGUCUGCUAAUGAGUCUCUAAGUAGUCUUUUUAUUACUUUUUUCCCUUUCUUUUAAAAAGUGAAAAUACUUCUCAGAAUAACUGCUAAGUCCAUCUUCACAUGUCUUGUGCAGAACAAUGAUGUGUUAGACAUCUUUGUAUGAAUAGAAACAGGUAAAUAGCCAUAUAUCCCCUGACUGUAAUUUAAACAGCGUAAGUCAGUAGGGAAAGGCUAUAAUUGGAGUUAGAGUAAGUGAGGUGAAAAUUGCUAGGUGGCAGUACCAUCUGCAUCUUGUUUUAAUUAGCCAAGUUUAUUGUCAGAAUAUAAAACUUUCUGCUAUUCAGGUCCCUGGCUUAUUUCAGCCACCAGUCCGAAGUGACUGCCACAUGUCUGGGUAAGCACAAUUACUGAUCAGCAAAGGAGAAUUAUCCUCCCCACUGAUCUGGCUAACAGUAACCGUGUCUAGGAAUAGGGACAAAAAUAUGGCUAACCAAGAUCAUUGUCACAUCUGCUUAGUGUUUAAUGACAAACUCUAUUAGGGCUAACAGAACACUGUUAAUUCAAUUAGAUCAGUGUUUUCCUUUGCUGGCCAUGAUGCAUUUGGAAGACCAGCAACUGUAUGCAGAGCGUGGCAGGCAGUCCACUGCAAGGAAUAAUAGCAUCAUAAAUAAUAUAUUAAGACGAAGACAAAUCUAGCAUGCUGCAGUCAGAGCACAUCAGCCUUAUAGAUGAGUCCUGCAAUAUCACAAGGAGUGGGGGAGGAAAAAAGUAGCUAUGACAGGAAAUUACAGCAACUGUAAAUGACAGGGACUACAUGAGGGAACAAAACUCAUUAGGUAAGCUCUUUAACCAAAGUGCUAGGGAAGCACAGGACAGCCUGCUGGCAGCCAUGGAGGGCCUGUAAGCCCUCACAUUUAUCCUCCUUAAAAUGAAAUAGCAGGCGUCAAAUGCUGGAUUUAAAGGAAGAUGAUAAAUAAAGGAAGAUAACUGGCACAAACCUCAGUGGAAACCCACCUCUUUCUCUGGCCUAGUACUCAGGGCUUCCACCCUCCCUGCAGAGCUGGACUGGGCUGGCUGCACCCUCCAGAGCAAACAGGCUCUCCUCCUGCACAGCAGCCCCCCAGCAGCAGCUGAGGCCCUGUCCUGUUACGGGGCAGCACCUUGCAGGGGGUGACGGGCACAGCUCAGGGCAGAGGAGCCCUUUGUUCCAGCCUGCUGGAUGUGGGUUCGCAGGAGGCCCGCGCCUUGCUGCCACACAGCAGCCCUCAGCAGCCAGUGAGAGCCGCAACUGGAAAUCCUGUGCAGGCCUCUUCACUGUUCAAAGAGAAAGAAACCAAAAUCCACUUCUGCUUCAGCGAACAUGCCAGUAAAAAGAUGCUGAUAAGAGCUUCCUAAAGCUAUUUCUGCCUUUUGGUGGGGGUUUUCUUUGUGUUUUUUUAUGUGUCUAUACAGCCUUGCUUCUAGAGAAAGGCACUCCAUGUCAGAAAAAAAAAAAUAGAAAGAAAAAAACAACUAGAAUAUUUUGUUUCUCUGACUUCUGGAAAUUAUUACAUAAUCUUAUCAAUUCUCAACAAAUACAAUCUAAAGUAUUCAGACUGUUGAUAGAAAUAUUGCUUCUGAUAGCGCAGCAAACUGCAGACUGAGCUUUUAUUAAAUGCUGCAUAAAUUGUCUGUGAAGAAACCUUUUACAAGAUAUGGUGGUUCAAACAAUUUUACAAAGAGCAGGAGACAAAGAGUUCGUUUUGCACUAAAAUGGUUUCCUAGGAAACACUGCAAAAUGUAACAUGAUAUCUCUGUGGAAGUUCAAGGACUUGUGUGUGCUAGUGUGUGUUUCUCCUGACCCUCUUUUUUUUUUUCUUUUUCUUGGUGUGGUGUAUGGUAUUGCUGGCCAAUUUUACCUUUUGAUGGUAGCCCAAGAACAGAAUAGGCCUGUACCACAGCAACCCACAAUCUGAAGGACAUUUUCCUCUUUGAUAAUCAAAUCUCUUCUCUAAACAGAAAAGGAAAAUGUUGAUAGAAACCAAGUCUUUUCAUCUGUAGCACUGUGCUCUCACAAUAAGGAAAAAACAAUGACUGAAAAUGCCCAGAGCCAAAUUUCAGAUUUCAGAUAGUUCUCAAGGUUGAUCCAUGUAUUUUCUCUUAACAUAUAGGUACACAACAUAAACUUAUGUGGUUAAAGCAGAUAUCAACAGCCUGCAAGGCUAUCCAAAGCUAUUCAGAAAUCUGGACAUGUGUCUGAUCUUCUUUAAUUAAAGGCUAAUAAUCCACCCAUCUGAGACAAGUACUUUGUCUUCCCUAGGUGCAAGGAGUGUGUCCCCAGAAAUGCAAAGUUCCUAACUGGGACAACUCAGCUGUUUACUCAAACAAGAGGCAACUGAAUUUACCUGGCUGCAUGCCCUUUCAUUAGUUGUCCUACUCUUAUAGAUGCUAAUUGUGACAGAGCAUUAGGUGCACUUCCUGCAUAUGUUAAAGACUGCAGAAAUGUUGAUGUAUACAACACUUUGCCCCAGCCAUAGCUAGUCUCAAGACCCCAAUAUACUGAAGUCCUUCGCUAGACAAUACAUGACCCUAUGCAGUGCUGCUGCUGUGUCUGCCAUCCUCACAGCUGCAGCCAGAGCAUUCAGACCCAUGCAACUCUGCCAGGGGCUAUGUCCAGUUACAAAAGAAUACUGGCACAAGUGCAGAAGCACUACAGCACUGCAUACAAGGCAGCAGAGACAGACAGACAGGACCAAAGCUCCAGCAUGGCUCAAAGCAAAAACACCCCAUUUGUUGAAGGAUAUUUUAAAAGAAGUUGCUUUGCAACAGACCAUCACGAAAUAAAAAAAAUUAACAGGGUUGGGGAGAUUAUUUAGGUCCUAGGACACCUUUUGCUUAGCCUGGAGAAAGGGCAAGCAGGUAUUUCAGAAAUAAUUGCACUGAAUUUAAGCAGAGUGUCAUUCAUAGGUGACAGGGACAGCACUGGUUGCCCCUGUCAGCCUCAGUCAGAAAACCUCCCUGAGCUAACCGGCCUCUUUGGAAAGCACGCCCCCAGUGCAUUGAUCCUUACCGCUGCCUUCCCACUCCUGUUGCUCAAUUUUAUCACCUUGUUGCAGAAGACGGUCCUUUGUUCCUCAAGUAGAGUCUGGGAGAGUGGCAAGAUGUAGUGUACAUGAUGAUGAUGUAUUUGUCUCUGGUCCUGGGAAAGGUCCCUGGAGAAUUCCUGUUCUGCAGGUAAUUGACAAAUGGGGGAAAACUCACAGAACAUAGUCCAGAGAGUUUAGCUCAUGUUUAUAAGUACAGGAUAAUCCAAGCAGCAGGUGAGCUAAGAGCUGACAUUUACUGUUGGUGCACAAAUGUGAAUUUUGGUGAACUACUGAGUUUGUCAGGAAGCAGAGAGAGCAGCAUUUGUAUCCAGAUGUGUGCUCUGGAAGAGUUGGAGUGCAUUACUGAUGGCAACACAGAUGCUGACCCAAGGAAACACUUGACUUGAAACACAAUUUCAUCAUUGAGCUCCCUGUUUCAAAACUGGGACAGAAUGACAGGUUUUCUGGGCAGGGCCACAGGACCCUCCUGAGGAAACCACAUUACCAACCUAAUUAAGAAUGGUGCUGAGCUUUUUCCAAACUAACCCAGGCCAGACAGCCAUUGAUACAGCAUAAGAACAACUGCCCUCCAAGCCAGUAAAUCUAAAGGAGUUACCUGACAGAGCUCUACACACAUGAGGCCGUGCCAUGAAGGUAAUGAAUGAAUACCUUAUGAAGGUAAAUUGUAGACUCAGGACCUGCUUUCACACACCUUGUUCAUGUCCCAUUAACUGUGUAGAUGUAAUGCUUACUUUGUGUGGUACCCAAAAGCUGUACUCAUGGGCGUAUUGGAAACACCAAGGACAAAGGAAUAGGGCUUGGCUGAUGCACCCUGUAACACUGUUUUGUUCAUUCUCUGCUUUAUUUGCUCUGUUGUACUAAUAGGAUUAAAAUGCAUUUAACUGAGAUUUCAUGUUUGAGAUCAGCAGGUAAUUAAGCCCACAUUGAUACACUACAGUAUAUAAACACUUUCUGAAUAGAAAUGCAUCCCACUUACUUACUUCCCUAAACGCUUUACUCAGAGUGCCCAGUUAGUAAAGAUUUUAAUAAUUCACACCUACAUUCAAAUAGCUCUCCUUUAGCAUAACUUGUGUGCUUAAAUUUCUCCCAGCUGUAUUACAUCUGCAUUUGGCAUUUAAAACCCUAUGCAGACAAACACACUUUUUGAUGUAAGUCAUACAAAUUAUUAGUCAGUGAGGGGAAAUCUGAUUUUCAGGAAGGGGCUUUCUGAAAUGGAGAAGUCUCGAUUUCAGCUGAACAGACUGAAAUUUUGCUUCUAUCUCCCAGUGUAAUCAGCUCAAAAUAGAGAUUGUUUAGAUGGUCCAGUCUCACCCAUAAUUUCCACUGAUAUAAGAUCUCACUUGAUACACAGACUAUGAAAUGCAUUUGGCCUAUUGACAGAAAACUAAAUAGUCUCCAGUGUAUUUGCUUUUAAAUGCACAUGCCAGUUUGUAUAAAAAAUGCAACUCAGUAGUAGAUUUUUUCAUCUUAAUUUUUUAAUGAAAGUAUGAGAAACAAGUCUAGCUGAAUAUUGAGCUACUAGCUCUAAUGCUGAAAAGGACUUAGAAUUGGUCUAAAAGAAAUAAAAACUAAUUUUCCAACUUUAGAUUCUGUGAUUAUGUCAUAUAAGAGAAAGGACAAGCUGUCCCCUGACCUAAAUAAAGAUGUAUUUGGCCUUUC